AUGGUGAAGUCAGUGUGCGUCGUUGGUGCUGGUGUUCUGGGCCUGGGUACCGGUAUCUGUAUUCAAGAGAGUCUGCCUGGUGUAGAUGUUACCAUAAUUUCUGAUAAAUUCACUCCAGACACGACAAGUGAUGGGGCUGGGGGAUUAUGGGAACCACACGAGUUAGCACAGACACCAGUGCAUCUUAUGCAGCAAUGGAGUGAUGCAACGUUCAAACAUUUAGCCAAACUGGUGAAGAGUGAAUAUGCACAUGAAGCAGGCGUUCAUCUUGCUUCAGGGUAUCAUGUUUUCAAAGAAUAUGUUAAGGACCCUGAUUGGAAAGGCAGUGUGUAUGGUUUCAGAACAAUUUCAGAAGACUCUGAAGAAAUAAAGCAAUUUCCAGGAUAUAAGCAUGCAUGGUUCUUCACGUCUAUUAUGUGUGAGGGCGCCAGAUACAUCCCAUGGUUAACUGUCAGAUACCAGAGAAAUGGUGGAAAGACAAUUAAAAGAAAAUUGGACUCUCUAGAUGAGCUUGUGGGAGAAUAUGACGUAAUUGUUAACUGUUCUGGACUUGGUGCUUAUUCAUUGGUAGAUGACACAACCAUGUAUCCUGUCAGAGGGCAGCUUUUAAGAGUAUGA